AUGCCUUUUGCGCUGGUAGUCGUAUUUCUGAAGAUGCCAGUGUUGACGAAGGCCGUGGUCUUGUCAGGUAGCAUUGCCCUCGAAAACGGCGGGCGGCCCCAGCACAUGACAGCGACAGGGGUCGAAGUGCGGGCACAGCAAAUCGGCACCAAGCAGAUUCCGGCAGCUCGAUUGCGGUCACCAGGAUGUGGGAUCUCGUCAUUCGCGGGCAACCGUCGGAGUGGCGCUCAAGCGGCAAAACGGGCAGGUCGUCUAGAGGUAGACAAACAAAUUCGAGGACACUCGGGUAGGCCGGGGAUAGCAACCCAGCGGAGACGAAGAACAACAAGCGACCCCAAAGGGCGUGCUGAUUGA